GCGCCGCGUGGUCGCCGUCGGAGGGCCUCUGCGUCGACCGCUCCGUCCGGGUCCUGAGCCCGCUGCCGGCGCUGCGCGUGCGGGCCGCCACCCCGCGCGCCGCGGAGUGGCUGCUGCACCAGCGCUUCCCGCGGUCGCACGGCUGCUUAGAGCUCCAGGUGCACCGCUUCAUCGGCAGCGCGUGCCCCUCCACGGGCGCCGUGGCGGCGGCGGACCUCGGCGAGGCGGUGGAGCUGUUCACGGCGAGGCUGCCAUUCGUCUGGGGCGCGCAG